GUUCGUCACCACCCACGAUCAUAUUAUCGUCGUACUACCUAUAUAGACGACGCCGUGUUGUCGCGAUCCAGGUGGGUGGGGUGGUCCGUGUUGUGGGUUCAGUGGGUGUUUACGGUUUCCGCGGGUGUUCGUUGCGAUCUUCCCUUUCACAUUACGACGAUCCCGCUUAGCCGUCUACCGGUCCGGCGUUUCGACACCGCGGACGAUGACUGACGCUCGUCCGACGCACGUCGACCGUCGUCAUCCGGCGGCGUCACCGCAGCCGGCCGCACCGGCGACCACGUGACGUGGUUGCSGCUGCUGCUGCGGCGGCGGCGCCUGCUGCAGGUCGCGAUCGCGACGACCACGGGUGAGCUGCUCGCUUACCGGGCGGCUACCGCGGCCGCUGCGGCKGUGGCCCAACGGACGGCCGUGGCGGUGGCGAUGUAUGGCAACGGUACCGGCGGCUCCGAAGUAGGUGGCUUUAAUUAUACGGACGAAUAUUCCGACGACGGCAACUGUUCCGCGUUCCCCGUGUCGCCGUCGUCCGUGUUCAACAACGCCACUGGCUGUUACGAGGAGCCCGUCGUCGUCAUCGUCAAGAACUAUUGGGCGCUCGGAUUGGUCGUGUUCCCAAUACUCACGCUGUUCGGUAACAUGCUGGUAAUUAUCAGCGUGUGCCGGGAACGGGCCCUGCAGUCAGUCACCAAUUAUUUUAUCGUCAGCCUGGCGCUGGCCGAUYUGCUGGUCGCCCUCGUGGUCAUGCCGUUCGCCGUCUACGUGCUGGUGAGUGCAUCGCGAUGCAGGUUGUGA